AAGAGGAGAAACCCCUUUCAACCCCGUCGGGUCGUGUACUCAGCACAUCCCUCUAGUACUAUAGCUACAGUCUGUGACUGCGCAUUGCUUAUUGAAGAAGCAGGUCCAAUGAGCAAACAGAGACCGCCACCGGACCCAGUGGCUGUGCUGAGAGGUCACCGCGCCUCUGUCAUGGACCUCUGUUUUCAUCCAUCCCAACCUCUCCUAUGCACCGGUUCCGCAGACGGCGAGUUGCGGAUUUGGGACACUAUCCAGCAUCGGACUAUAUUAUCAGCAGGGGUGCAUAAUGCUGCACAGGGGAUUGCUUCUGUUGCUUGUAGCUCUUCAAUUGGAGCCAAUAAAGUGAUCAGCCAGGGUAGGGAUGGAACAGUGAAGUGUUGGGAUAUUGAAGAUGGAGGUCUGUCCAGGACACCUUCUGUUACAAUCAAGACAAACUCUUACCACUUUUGUAAACUUUCCUUGGUGAAGAGACCUCAUUCUAGUUCUAAGAGAGUUUAUGGGACUACGCAUAAUGACAGUGAUGAAACAAGGGUUAGGGAGAAUGCUGACGCGGAUACUCUAGACGAUAGCAGAGAAAAGUUUCAAGAGUAUCUGCCUGAGCAGUCCAGCACAUUUGAAGAAAAUACUCAAGUUGAGGGACCUAAAUAUGUCGCUGUAGCAGGGGAGCAGCCUUCUGAGGUUGAGAUUUGGGAUCUUAAUACUGCAGAAAGGUUUGCACGGCUACCUCAAAGCUGCGUUGCUGGUUCCUCAGGAAUAUCUACCACAGAGAGAGGAAUGUGCAUGGCGGUUCAAGCAUUCUCACCAUCUGAAUCACAGGGAUUCCUAAAUGUCUUGGUUGGUUAUGAGGAUGGUUCCAUGCUUUGGUGGGAUAUUAGAAAUCCAGGGGUUCCAUUGACCUCUGUCAAGUUUCAUUCAGAGCCAGUUCUAAGUCUAUGCGCUGACGGGUCAUGCAAUGGUGGUGUCUCAGGAGCCGCAGAUGACAAAGUUGUGCUGUACAGUUUGGAUCAUUCCAUGGGUACGUGUGUGAUCAAGAAAGAAAUUAGUUUGGAACGACCUGGCAUAUCGAGCACUUCUAUUCGAUCUGAUGGUAAAAUUUUUGCAACAGCUGGCUGGGACCACAGAGUGAGAGUAUAUAACUAUCGCAAAGGCAAUGCUCUGGCGAUAUUGAAGUAUCACCGUGCAACGUGUAAUGCUGUUUCUUAUUCACCCGAUUGCAAGCUAAUGGCAUCUGUAUCAGAAGAUAGGACGGUGGCACUGUGGGAUCUUUAUCCUCCUCGAACUUGAAAUGAUAUGGUGGUCCUGAAGUGGAAAUGAGUUUGUGUUCCCUAUAAUGUAAUAGAAGAGCAUCAAUAAUCAGUAUCAUUACCGUUUGUGUGCAUAAGUUUAGAUUAAAUUCAUUUAAAUUAUGGAUUAUUGCUUCUUUAGGAAAAAUAUAAGAUGUUAGACCUUCAAUUUAGCAAUAAGAUAAGACGUUACUCGCCUACAAGAGCCCUGUGCUGGGAUGAAAUAUGUGUUCUCCUUCUGUAAUUUUCUGUUGUUUCAGACAAGGCCCGAGAAAAAAUUGACAUUUUGGACU